AUGGUUCCCAAAACAAAGGAAGAGGAUGAGAAAUCCUCAGAAGCAAAGUCGUCUCUGAUUAUUCCUUCACUUCCUGAAGAUGUCAUCAUUGACAUCUUAGCGCAUUCAUCAAGAUUCGACCAUCCAACACUCUCUCUUGUUUCCAAGCACUUUCGAUCACUCGUUGCUUCGCCUGAUCUAUACGCAAGAAGAUUUUUGUUGGCCUGCACUGAGGACUAUCUCUACGUUGCACUCUAUGACAUAAGCACCUGUUAUUCUUAUAGUUGGUAUAUCCUCUGCCGUAAAUCCAACGGCAGUCACAGCUUGGUCCCUGCCCCCUCGACAAUUCCCUCUAUGUAUUACCCUGAAAGCUCUGUGGCAGUGGGUUCCAGGAUAUAUGUUUUUAGUGGGAUUGACUAUACAAAUAAGAGGACAAAUGCGUUUUGCAUGGAUUGUAGAUCCCACAUGGUGGAACCCAUCCCAAGCAUCCCUGUUCCUUUGGUUUGUACAUUCGCUGGCUUCAUCGACGGGAAAAUAUAUGUUAUUGGAAUUGGACUUUGCUAUGAUGAUAGAAAGAGUGUGAUUGUGGUGUUCGAUAUAGAAACACAAAAGUGGGAGCGUGUGAUGAUUAAGCCAGAGAUUGAGGAAGCUCUCAGAACAAGAUAUACAGUACUUGUAUGGUGA